GUCAAAGAGAAGGCACUUCGUUCUGAUUAGGAUCCAAGAAAGUAAGAUCUCUCUACAUUAAUUGUGAUUGUAUUGCGUUGAUAUUUAAUUUAUAAUGACUAAAUUCAUUUGAUUUUUAAAAGACCGUACAUCUAAUAUCGAAGAGUGAUUUUUGGGUUUAAUUAAUUUGUAUCAGAAAAUUUAUAUUAAUCAAAGAAAACUAGAAGGAAACAAUGAGUUUUCUCAAAUAACAACUUCUAGUUAAAGUUAUAAUGGGAUAAAAUUUGAAUGAUGUAGGGCAAUUUGUUAACAAAUUAAAAAAAAACCCUGCUCGAUAGUUCAGUAGUUGAUCUUUGUUUGUGUUGAUUUGUUAUUGAUUUCUCCUUCACAGACCCGUCGCUAAAAUGAUGAAAGUAUUCCUUGUACUGGGUAAGUUUUGCAACAUAGUUGGCACAUAAAUACAUACUCAUAUGAACCUAUGAUCUGUCGGGUUUUUUUUUCUGUCUGGCCAUCUAUCGCUGUCUGUCUGGCUAUCUAUUUCUGCCUGUCUGUUUCUGUCUGCAUGGCUGACAGUGUGUAUGCCAGUCUAUCUAUUAGCCUGUUUGCCUGCCUGCUGGUCUGUCUAAGAGUCUGCGUGUUUCUCCCUUUAUCAGUCUAUUUGUCAGCCUGACGGUAUGUCACUCUUUUUGCACGUCUGUCUAUUUCUGCCUGUCUACCUGUCGCUCUCUGUCUGCAUUCCUGACAGUCGUUCUGAAUGUUUAAAAACGUUCGCCUAUUUUUCUGUCUCCCUUUAUCUUUCUAAAUUUCUUUUUGCCUCUCCGCCUACCUUUCUGACUGCCUUUCUGUCUACCUUUCUGCUUGACUUCUAUGCCUGCCUGCCUCUCUGUCUACCUUUCUGCUUGACUUUCCUGCCUGCCUGACUUUCUGUCUACCUCUCUGCAUGUCUUCCAGUCUGUAAGAGCGACCGCCCAAUUAACUUCCUAUCUCUAUCCAUCCAUAUGUCAAUCUGACUGCCACAUUAUACAUUUAUAGGUUUGCCUAUGUCAUGUGGCAAAUACAUUUCAGCUAAAAUUACAUUUCUCUAUCACAUCUAAUGUCACACAAACCGUGGCCUAAUAUAAAGCCAGGUUGCUUGUCUACUAACUUCAUUCACAUGUACACUGUAAGAGAUAUGUUUUGCUAGAAUUAAAAAAAAAAACCGGAUUCUGAUCCACAUGUUACUUACUGCCUUGCCUGAACUCAUCUUUAACUUUAUGCCCCCCGUCUCUCCAAGUCUCUCAAUCACACACAGACAUGAACAGGAAUAUGUUCUAUGACAAUGUUGUUGUUUUUUUUACCGUUGUUCCUCUCCUUAUUCUCUUCAGUUGUUUGCAUUCACGGGAUUGUCGAGGCCGGAUCCCUUCUCGACACCCCUGGGGUGACGCCUGUUGAAGCGCUGAUCGCACCCAUUCAAAAACUCCGAGGCGUUGACGCCGUUGCCAAGGCCUUGGGACUAAAGAAACCAUUUUCUCUAGAGGUACUCCAAUCUGAAGAUGUGCCCCAUUCCUUGAUAUGAAUUUAUGAUGUUUCCCGUUUUGUUUACAUCAAAGUUUGUCUGCCCUGCAAUCAAAGAAGCAAUUUAAAUAAGUGUGGGAAAAGGGGGUGAGGGGUGGGUGGAAACAUAAAAAAAAAAAAGGAAAAGAAUCAAUUAAUAUGAAGUUCUUUAUCUAUUUAUUUUCUAAUAAUUUAUACUACAAGGUUUAAAACGAUGAAUAGAUUUUUUGUUGUUUUUAAGCAGGAGUCAGGUUUUAAGUUCCUUUCUCUGCCGUAAAGAAGACUGACACGUGGGUUUAACAAACGUCUUCCAUGUUUUGAUGACGAUCUCAAACUUCUGGAGAAAACAACAUUUCUUCCAUAGUCUUUGAAAAACAAAGAAAUUUUUUUCCAGGCAAACGGUUUUUUUUUUACAUAUAAAAAUAUAUUUUGGAAUUCUGAAAGUCAGAGAAUGAUUUUCAUGUUAUAAUAUAUAUAUAUAUAUAUAUAUAUAUAUAUUUGCCUAUAGGGUGAUCUUUCACUGAAAUAACACUAUCUACUUUCAAUCUUUUAGGAUGUUUUAUCUGAAGACCUGCCCGGGGCCGUGACCAGACAUCGCCUGGCACUGUUAUACAACGACCUUCGAGUCCUGGUGUUCACCAUUCAGGCCACCUCCGACGCCGACGGCUACUUCACCGGGUCUGCCUCCGGCUACAUUCCUACCAUUAGUAACCUGGACACGUCUGUCAAAGUAAGAUGCAUUUUGAAAACUCGACAGUCUGCGUUUUUCGAACACCAUUUUGAAGUUUUAACUCAUUUCAUUUUGCCAUUUUUUAAUAUUUUCAUGAACAGUUGAGGGGCCAUGCACAUACCAUACCGCACAAAAAUCUGUCAUUAGUGACCAACCCCUUUCCUUUAUAAUGUCAUAUAACAUUUCCAUUGACCCCCCCCCCCUAAAAUGCCUAAACAUAAAUAAAUAAGAAAACAAGCUGAAACAAUCAAAUUUCAGGCAAAAAGCCAUAAAUUAUUUUUAAAAAAAUUAAUUAAAAUGUGAUAUUUAUUUUUAACAAAAUUUCAUUUCAGUUUAAAUUGAUCUGGGCUAAUUUUAUAAAUUUGAAAUUUUUGCAAAAAUAACACACACACACACACAAAAAUAUAAAAAUAAAUAGAAAUAAUUGUGAUGUCAACGUUGCUCGCUACCAGCACCACCCCCACCACCACCAUCCCAUAUCAACACAGUAUAGCGACAAGAUUAACCAACCCCACCCCCUUCGCAUUAUAUCAUUUGUGAACGGCCCUGAAGUAAAAGAGCCCCAUUGUUGGAAACCGUAUCAAAUCAUUCUAAUUUGCUAGUACAUUACUAUAUUUUAUAAUACCUUUCACGCCAUCUGAUUUGCAGGUAAGCGUGAAAGACUUGAAACAGGCCACGGCCGACUAUGUCAACAGCAAAAAUAUCCGUCAAGACAUAGGCAACAUUGCGGCCAAAGACGUCAGUCGAUUUACCGCAACCAAAGCGAUCCACGUCGAUAAGCUGACCGGAGUUCCCAGGGUCGUGUACUUUUGCGAAGGCGUCGUCGACACGAUCCGUAAGUAGGGUUUCUAGAUUCCAUAAAUUUUUUUUUUUUAAAGCGUUUUCAUUCGGUGGGUUCUCUUCUAUGAUUGUGUGCGUUGUGAAAGUGGUGGGUGUGUUAUUUGGUUGGGGGGGGGGGGGGCGUUUUAGUUGUAGUUAGGCUUUGUGAACUGUACAUAUUUUGUUCACGUGUGGCUACGAUAAUAAAUAUCCUUUUUUUUUUUUUCAGCAUCAUACAACCGCUGGCCAAGAGUUCUGUUUGAUGCCUUAACUUUGCGUGUGAUUAUUGGCAGUGUCCAAGUCAGAUAUGCCGUAAGUCAUACGUCACAACAAACUGUUAUUUGAUAUAAUUUACAUUGUUCGCACUUGAAACAUUAAUAGAGUUUUUUUUUAAAUUGUUUUUUGUUUUGUUUGUUUGUUGUUGUUUUUUGUUAGAUCGUAAUAAAUUUCCAAUAAAAGCGCCACCAAAAGAAGGAAGACAUACUUGUGUUGGUGCGAAAGAGUUGACAAAAUCUUAAAUGACAGGUUUAGUUUAACAGGAUUAAAACAAUUCGAGUUUUUAAAUUUAUGAUUUCCAGUCACACCUUUCCUUUUUUUACAUUUUUGUUAAACGCUUUAAACUGUUCAAGUCUCAUAAUUGUUACAUUAUCCAAUCUUCAUCUCAGUUCGCUCUCUCCCACUGUUUGUACAUUUCUUUUCCAGGAUAAUGAUGAUACUCUGGAUGUUUUGGGUUCGAUUCUCGGCAAGGGAACUGACAAAAGCUGCCCAAGCAUCCAGGGAGGUAACCAGAAAUAUCCAUUUCCUGUCUACGGCCCAGGCAGAAAUCAGGUAAACACAGUAUGCGCAGUAAAAUGUUUAGUUGCCACUUCUUAUUUAAGUUUGGCAGCCACAUAAGAACACACAAAAAAAAAAGUUGCGAUAGCUAAAUUACACAUAUAGUUUAAAUUUUUUAUUUUUAAAGUGGAUACUUUUGAAGCGACAAAGCUCUAUAAUGCUUGUAUUAAACCACGAAGUAGUGAGUUGCUGUUAGUGGUGAUCAGAUAAGGAUAAGGAAUGAUAGCGGGUAGAGUUGAGAUAAGCUUAGUGGAGCACUGUCAGUGGUGACCGGGUGAGGAAUGAUAAGGGGGAGAGUUGAGAUAAGAUAAACGGAGCAUAACUCCUAACUUCAGGGGGCGAACCUAUGCGGGGGGGGGGCGGUGGGGGGGGGGGGGGGUGGGGGGUGCGGAGUGGGUGACCACCCCUGGCAGAGUGAGUUGAGUUUUUAUGUACCAUUAAGUCAAUUAUGCGAGGGGGUGUGUAUUAAAAGCGCUGCACCUUUUUUGGGGGGCCUUUUGUCCCUGGUUGUACUAAGCCAAGGCACGACGCUGCCUAACUUUGUUCGUGUUUCUCCUCUUUCUUCUUUUCAAUAAAGGUCUGUCUCAAUGCCGAAGUGAAAGGCAAAAAAUGUUCGCUGGCCAACAAGAGGGUAACCAUCAAAUCACUGGAGAACGGCAUGGACGUAUCAAAGGCAAAGGUGCGGCUGUGUUGACAAACCCGUGUUUAAAAACGACUGUGGUGGUGCUGUGUUUUUUUGGUUUUUGUUGUUGUUUUGUUUUAAGACGCUUUCGUUUUGUUGGCGUAUCUUAAGGCUGUUGUAUACAUUUUUGAACCAGUGUUUAUCAUUUUUGUUUUGCUCUGUUAUAAAAUACAACCAUUCUCAAGUUUAAAAGACGAACGUCUCAUGUGACGGUGCAGGUUAAAUCUUUAUCUCGGAAAGAUUGAACACAUUACAAUUAAAAAGAGAAUAAGACUAAAUGUCAAAAGAGAAAUCUAUUCACAGAUAAUGCUUUAAUAGAAAAAUCCCCUCAAUUUAAAAAAAAAAAUCCUUUAUAAGAACUUCGCUUUUUUUUUUCAUGGCUGGGUUUGUGGCAAAAACCUUCGUACGCUUACUGACCCACUUGCUGCCAACCUAUCGAGCUGAGACUUGGCACAUAGACGUAUUGCCGAUGACAACAUAUUCUAUCAAAUUUUUACCUCCCCCCCCCCCCCCAUUUCUUGAUAUUUAAUUUUAUUAAAGGAUUUAAAAUGCGUUUUUAAGGGUAGUUUUAUUUUGUGUUAUAAACAAUAGACCCGCCUUCCACGCAGGUUGUGUCCUUCAAAUGUGAAGACGGCUUAAGCGAUGGGAUCAACGGGGCGUCUUCACCUGCGUCGGACGCGUACUAUUACGGUCAGAAGUUCUAUGACUUUUUGGAGGUAUGUGCCAAUAACGAGAAGAUGCGCUAGUAUUUUUCUUAGAACAGUUCGUCCAUUGAGAACAAGAAUUUAUCAAUAAUAGAAAAAAAAAUUCAGCGCCGUGUUUUGUAAUUUUCUAACUUCCUAACUUCCUAGGAUAGUUAAAUAAAAUAUACACUAUAAAACACUCAAAAUUGCAGCUUUGCUAAUUAAAAAAAAAAAAAAAACUUUGUAGGUGGCAAAUUAUACGUUUAGUGCCCUCUAGAUAACAUGUACGACAAAUUUGGGUUCGGGCCUGUUUCUUAUGUGAUUAAGAUGAAGUAAAAAAUAUAUAUAUAUAUUUAUAUUUUCGUUGCUGUGUAUUUAAAGAAUACUGUCUCUGGGGCUAGCAUGCGAAAUAUAGAAUUGAAAAUAUUUAACGUAGAUACGUCUAUAUAUACGAAGUUGGAGGCAAUGUACUCGAGCCAGUCUGAGUGUUCAUUUGUUACCGAAAAAGCUGAUCGGCUGAUUAUUCGUUAAACUGUUGAUCACAGAGGAAUCCAUGUCUAUCGGACUAGGAAUUUUAUUUUAUACUUAAAUACAUCAAGAAUCAUUGUUAUUUAGACUGUGUAUUAUUAUAGCAUCACUUGGCCCCACACGAGAAAUACUCCCAAUACUUACAUAAAAACAAGCCAGCCAAAAUUCACAGAAAUACACAAAAUAUAUUAUUUUUUUUUUUAAAAUGAAGGAAAUCCAUUUAUUCUUCAGUCAACACUCUAAUCAAUUUAUUCUCAGGCAGCUUUAUUUAAAUCAUUUUUUAACCUUUAAUGUAAAUCACAAACUACGUUAAUACUCAUGCGUGACUGUGUUCUAGUGAAAUCGAUAUUGUUUUAUUUAAUAUAUAUAUAUAUAUCUAUAUCUAUCAUUCUGUUGAUUUCUCCAGGAGUGGGGUAACGUCGAUACCAAAGACUAUGAUCCCAUCGAUAUCUUUGUCCACUAUGGCAACAACUUUGACAACUCGUUCUUCGAUGGAGCGAGCAUCUACCUCGGCGACGGGUCUAGUCUGCUCUUCCCCCUCGCCUCCCCUGAGAUAAUUGCACAUGAGGUCAGCGAGCGAUGAGUAAUUUAAUGUUAACAAUUUAUCAUUGCGUGAUUACUUUCAUUUCAGUUGUAGAAUUUCCGAUGCGAAAUAAUUAAACAUUUAGUCUCUGACGGUGUAAUAUCAAAAUCUCUGUUUAAAAAAAAAAUAUAUAAAGCGUUAAACGCUAAGCUCAAUUUUAAUCGCACAUAAAAUGACUGGCAGCUGAUGACCAAUAAGUUAUCGUUAAAAAUUGUAAAUUCACGAUACAUUUUUAGCGAUGUGCAUUAAAGAUUAUUUUCGAUGUCGUUCGCACAUUCGUAACGGAAAUAACGCUUCCUAGUCAUGCUUCAAAGUCAAAUGUCCCUGUAUGAGUAAUUAGUGGAAGGCACGAAUUGGGAAUAGUAGCACUGAGACCGACUCCACGCGCAAGGGGCGCUGUGACAAAGCCAUUAUGUCAUUGUUACGCCAGUUCUGUUAUUACUUAGAUUAGGUAACUCUAAAAUCAUCACUUGACUUAAGCUCCACCAGCCUAAACUCCUGCCCCCCCCAUCUCCCAGUUGUGUCACAGAGAGACCGCCAGGUUUGGUAACCUCAAAUUUGAAAGUGAAUCCCUGGCCAUUGACGAGUCCCACUCGGACAUUUGUGGGAGAGCUUUUUCAGCAUACCUCCAAAUUGGUGAGUAAAAAGGGGUUCCGAAGUGUACACUAUUUAUAUAAGAAUUCUCAGUUAGAAAGAACUAACCUUUUAAACGUUUUUAAACAUUAUCUAUAAUUCCUUAUUAGUAUUUUUUACUUGUCAUGUCUUUCCCGCUCUUUUCUAUACUCACAAUAUCUCGAACUCUUUCUCUCUCUCUUUCUCUGUCUCCCCCCCCCCUCUCUCUCUCUUUCUUCCUCUCUCUCUGCUCAUAUAUGCUCUACUUAUAGUCGCUCAUUUCUCCCUCACUCUCUCUCUUUCUGCAACAAAUCUCCUUCACUCUCCCUAUUUCUCGUCUCAUAAACUAUCUACUCAAAAUCGUUCUCUCCUCCCACUCCAUUUGUCUCUCUUAGUGUUCAAUCAAAUUAAAAAAAAUCAAUUUUAUUCGUUUACAUCAAACUAUUUAUUUCGCGUCUUGAUUUAACCUUACCAGUUGCGGACGACAACUGGGACUUUGGCGCCAACAUCGUGAAGCAGAGCAACCUGGCCCUGCGUUACUUCGAUGACCCCACCCGUGACAACUGGAGCAUCAAGAACGUCAAUGACUUCGACAGGACCACGAACCCGUGAGUUGUUAGUCUGUGGACGAUCUGUUAAGACGUUUCUGUCACUCAUACAAUUUCAGAACCGUUUCACUUGAUAUCUGUCAGUUGGAUCGGUCGAGGAUUUGUAGAGAAAGGUCCUGAAUAAUAUAAUCGAUGUCAGAACGCGUUCAUAUUUACUUUAACAGGGAGACUAUAAAAGUAUCAGUUGGUUCAGAGUGGGAGGAUGUGGGGAGGCAGGCAAAAGCACUAAAACUACUUUUAAAAGAACCAAACAAUUUUUUUUUUUAAACACAGAUAUUAUAACCAUGAUUAUCAAUCUCCUCUAAUAAACCCCAGUUCAUUCCACAGAGAUACCGGACAGGAAUAUGUUCCUUGAAUUUCAAAAAGAAAAUGUUUUCUUAAGUCGUAUGUUGUUUAAUGAUGACAUAAUUACCAAUGGCCUCCUGGAUGUUGACAUUCGCUGACAUUUGCCUGUCUACAGAUUCCAAGCCGUUGGUAUAUUCAACAGCGUCUACAACUCGCUGGUGGAACAACACAACUUUUCACACAGGGACGCCUUCAGAACAUUCCUUCUGGCUAAUCGACUCUACUGGCAAGAAGUGAGUGUUUGCCUCCCUUUCUCCCCCCCCCUCUGUCUUCUCUCUCAUCUUUCUCUCUUCUCUUCCUUUUUUUCUCUUUAUCUUUUAACUCUCUACAUGAGCUUUUCCGUAAAACUUAAUCUCUCUCAUAUCCCCAUUCUCCCGCUCUUCUCUUAGGAUCUUUCUUUGUUCUAUAUAUAUAUGCCCCUCUUUUCUACUCUCUCUCUCUCUCUCUCUCUCUCUAUCUCGCAUGAUUAAAUUAUUAUUUCUCUCUGACCCAUGUCACACAGCCUACACACUUUCCCCACUCCAGUGAUAUCAAUCAUUAAAUCUACUGCUCAAAGAUAUGGCCAAGAGUUUGAUUACUCAUUUAUAAACAACGCCCCCCACCCCCCUCCCAAACCGCACACACACACAAAAAAAAGUAAAAAAAAGAUGUGCUAAAUCUUUAUAUCUUUCUCAAUGCACAAAGGAGACAGACUUCCAAAACGGAGCCUGCGGUGUCAAGAGAGCGGCCAAAGAUCUACGUCUUAAUGUUGCCGCUGUCGACUCCGCCUUCGGCGCUGUCGGCAUCCCACUCACGUCCUGCAGCACGCUCGGCGGUGGACGCUGAUCGUUGUCAUGGUUACCGAGGUCCCUUGAUGAACAGAGCGGCAGGUUUAUCAAUGUCUGCUGAUCGCCUCGCCUCUCAGUUGACAUCCCCCCCCCCCUUGCUGAAUUAAAUUAUUUAAACCGCAAAUCAAAUGCUAUUUUAAAUGUAUUUAUGUUCACAUAUCAUCCUAAAACAUUUAAACAUGAUGCGCAAUGUAGAUAUUUAUGUACAAAUUGUAUCAUACAAGCAAGCAAAUGUAUUUCAAAUGUAUGCAUUGUAUUUAACUUCCAUAUAUAUAUAAUUUUUUGGUCAAAAUAAAUGCAUUACUUUAACUUUU